CCCAGAAUGUGUUACGGUGUCAUAUCUCUGUGAGACCCCGGGCCCCCCUAUGUACUUUGACAUUUGUCACAUACAUCUGUGCAAAGCCUGUGUUGGGGAACAUCUUUCUGAUUAAUCCAACGAACACAAAGUAGUGUCAUUUAAGAAGAGGGGACUAAAUCCGAAAUGUUCCAAACAUUCCACACAAUUAUGUGACCUUCAUUGUGAACAAUGUAACAUUCCUUUUUGUGUGGAGUGUGUUUCCUCUAAUGAACAUCUAGGACACAAAUAACUUGGCAUUUUAAAAAUACUAGACAUCAAUAGGGAAGCCUUAAAACAAGAUCUACAAGAAUUAGAAAAUUCAAUUUUUCCUAAAUACCAAGAGAUUGCAUCUAACAUCCCAGUUCAGAAAACUGAUCUGAAUAAAAAUUCCAAGAAAUUAACAACAGCUCUUGACAAACAUGAAGAAGAAUUGCACAGAGAAAUAGACAUUGCCAUCAAGAAACUGAAAUCUGACUUGGAUAAAAUGGAAUCCAUACACCUGCUAGUCCUUGAUAAGCAGGGAAAUGAAAUAAAGCGCACCAUUUCUCAAAUUACUCAGGAAAUUGCUGAUCUGAAGAAAUUACUCAACUCCAAUGAUGUCAGCCUUGUCUCUGCCUACAAGUCCAGGAAUGCUGAAUUCAGAACUCACAGUUUCCUUACCAAGAUUCACUCCUCAGAAAAUUAACAAAGAACAGAUUUAUCAGCAGAUUGGUUCUCUGUCUAUCAAAACCGAAAAGCAUGGCUACACAAUGGAUUCUUCCGGUGCUGAGUCCUCUCCCCCGAUCAGACUGCUCAUUGAUAUACCAUGGAUCAUCACAGAUAUUGAAACCGAGUAUGGAAAAUCCAGUGAAUUAUACAGUGUGUCCUUUCUGAGUGACGAUGAAGUAUGGACGAGUGGUUUGGGCUUAAUGAUGAAACUCUAUAACCUCCACGGUAAACUAGUAAAGUCAAUCCAAACCAAGUCAGGGGAGAGACCAGGGGACAUAUCAGUGACACAGAGUGGUGAACUAGUUUAUAUUGAUCCCAAUGAUAGAACUGUGAACAUAGUGAAGAAUACACAGAUACAGAGAGUCAUCAGACUACGGGGGUGGAUACCUCUCUAUGUCUGUAGUACCUCCUCUGAUGAUCGCCUGGUUGUCAUGAUCACUGAUGAUAAGAAACAAGCAAAAGUUGUGCGUUCCUCGGGCUCCACAGAGAAACAAACAAUUCAACACAGUGACAAAGGACAACCUCUCUAUUCAUUUAAACAUUACUCUAAAUACAUCAGUGAAAACAGGAACCUAGAUAUCUGUGUAGCUGACAGUAAAGCUUUUGCAGUAAAGGUGGUCAAUCAGGCCGGGAAACUCCGGUUUACGUACACGGGUACUCCCUUUACUACCAAGAAAUCAUUUAAUCCGGUCGGCAUCACUACAGACAGCCAGAGACGUAUCCUGAUAGCAGAUUGCAACAACCACCGUAUCAACAUCCUGGAUCAGGACGGACAGUUCCUUCGCUACAUUGACAACUGUCAUUCAGAAUAUCCAUGGGGUUUAUGUUUGGACACCAGAAACAAACUCUUUGUGGUUGAACAGUUAACAGGUAAAGUGAAGAAAAUCCAGUAUUACAUGUAAACAAACUGUGAUCAUAAUAUUAACUGUCUACAAAGUGAACAUCAAAUGUCAAUG